CUCCGCCGCCGCCCCCAUCAUCUUCUUCCUCUCCCCGAUCUACUCCUUUCGGUCCUCCGCACACCCACCGCUCUGAUCGGCUCUCCUACACACCAUCGUCCCAAUCCCCACCUCCUUAUCCCAAUCCCCACAUCCCCGGCCUCUCCAAUCCUUCCAGUUUGAUGGCGCCAGCAGCCCAAGUGAUGAGAUCCACUUCUUGGGCGUGCGCAGAUCCAGCAUGGGCUCAACCCCCGAUGUUGGCCUUGUCGGAGCAGAGCGACCGUGUGCUCGCCAGUCUAGACAAUGGCUCACGGGAUUCUGGUGUGGCUCCCGUCCCUUCUGUUGGCUUGUUCAACACCAUGGCCACUACAGCCGUUCGUGGGCAGGGUGGGAAGCCGAAGGCUGGUUUAGGUGGUGUCGUAGCAGCCGUGCCGCUGCAUGGAGCACAAUAGAGCUCGAGAGGGUGACCGUGAUAACUUUGGUGGAGCUGCUCUGUGAUGAACCAGGGGUUGGUUCUCUACUACCAGUCCUAUCAUUUCUCCGUGAUGAACCAGGGGUGUGAUUAGGUAGCGGGCUUCUUGGUGCAUCACAAUCCGCCAUGACAUGAUCCUUACCAUCAGGAGGGCCGACGACAAGAACUUGAAUAACAACCUCAGUAGUAUCUUGUGUUCUAUCGUUGUAAAUUGGAUUAUACUGGUUCCUAGUGUUGUUCUGUGAUAUUUUGUGAAUAUAUUCUGUAAAUUAUCAUUACAUGGAGGAUUUUGUAAGCUGGUGCGGUGUAGAUACCAAUGGAUGGCUGCAUAUUGAAUAUCCGUGUAAUAUAUGAUCAUACUUUGGAAAUACUUUGCCUUGGCCCAGAGUUGGUAUUACGAUUUGUGUAAUGCAUU